CCUUACUUAUAAAAGCAGGCUGUACCAAAUUUCAGGUUCCUGUGUCUGUAACCAUGAAUUUGAUUACUCCUCCUCUGCUGCUGCUUCUCACUGCUUGUACGGUCAGUGGUGCAGUGCUGCCUAAGGCAAUGUGGCAUUUUGGGUCGAUGAUCCAGUGCGCCCAGCCCGGUGUUAACCCUCUAAGAUACAACAAUUACGGCUGCUAUUGUGGCUUUGGAGGGGGGGGGACCCCCCGAGAUGGAGUGGAUGCGUGCUGCCAAGUUCACGAUAAAUGCUAUGCAGAUAGCAGAAAGAUUCCUGGAUGCGGGGAUGUUGAUAACCUUCCUUACAUUAUUGAUUUCGAUUUUACCUGCAAUAAUCAAAGAGUGACCUGCUCAGCGGCCAACAAUACGUGUCAAGCUGCUGUGUGCGAGUGUGAUCGUGCUGCGGCUCACUGCUUUGCGCAGAAUACAUACAACCCAGAAAACAAGAACCUGGAUCACUCAGUUUACUGUGCCAACUGAUCACAUCACCCACCACAGCAGAAAGAUUGAUUUGUCACUUUUCAAUACUCACUAUUCCCAUUUGUAAGCACUUAUAACAUAGCUGACUGAUUUUUUUAAGGUGUCAGUUUGAACACUGAUCCACAAGUUUAACUGAAAUAUUUUCAACUUUUGAUCCCAUUACAAAAUUUCUUCUGCUGUCUUUAAACUGACAUCAGGGAGAAGUCUGGUUUCAGCAAAGCAACCAUACAACAUACAAUCGGCUUUAUUUCAAAAAUGAACUCAGAUCUGUGGAGCCUUGUAUAGAAAAGUGGUCACUUGUUUUUGGACUGACUUUGGAAACUGUGGAAAGUUGAUUGUUAGAAAGUCAUUUGUAAUUAGUCUUCAGAUAAUUCAAACCCAAUGGAUAGAAGCAGAACCAAGGGGUGGCCUGUGGUGAUUGCUUAGAUUCAACCUACUGUUGAAGAGGCUGGGUUUUGAUUAAUUCAUACAACCUCCAAUUGUUGUUUAUUAAUGUACAAAUGCCAUUAAUAAAGACAGCUAUCAUCUAAAACAUAAAA